AUGGAAAGCUCGUUCAAAGGAACAAUCAUCCGGGUUCCUCUUCGGCUUGCAUGGGCAGAAGAGUCCACUUUCAUGCCUACGGCCUUUUCAACGGAAAGGGCAAAGAAGGUGUUCCAGGACUUUGAAAAUCAGCUGGCCGGGGGCCACAUGGCACUGUUCCUACCUCGCCUCCAAAACAUUGAACUGCACAUGAGGGAGCCGGGAGGAAACUUGGAGUGCAAGGUGUCCAUUGUCAAGGACAAAAAGCAGACUGGUCUAUUGGAUGUUAAGAACUACCUGACGAAGUUUGAUACGACUGAACAGCUGCAGGAAGCACUGAAGAUGGACAUCAGCUCGGCCCCGAGGGUGGGUGAGGUUGUGAGGAUGACGUUGAAGUGCGGUUCCGGAGAGGAGAAGAAAACUUGGAUGCGAAUCGGCCGUUUCUUCCAUUGCAAAUCUUCGAAGAAGUCUUUGAAGAAACUUCCUGAAGAGGUGCCAUUCGUUUGUUUGGCGAUACCACUGGAUGAGCCAUGCAAAGGCUUGGCAUUUGCGCACUUGCCAUUGCCAUUGGAAACAGGACUUCCUGUCCACCUACAUGCCGGCUUCGCCUUGCACGACAAUCGACGGGAGAUUUGGCAUCGUGCAGCUGAUUGGGACGGUCAGCACGAGACGUGGGCAGAUUGGAAUGAUUACAUCCUCCAAGAUGUGGCGCCGCACGUCUAUGCUGAUGCUCUGAAAACUCUCCAGGCAUCACUUCCCUUGGAAAAAUGGUUUGGCCUGUGGCCCCGUCCAGACCAGACAACGGAAGACUUCAAGGCACUGGUGGCAAAAUUGGUCAACUUGCUCGCUGCUGAAGCAAUCCUUCGAACCGCCUCGGGAGAAAAGGUGGCACCACGGGAAGCCAAACUCCUCAAUCUGCCAACUGGUCCGUUGGAGAAAUGCCGCGAAGACUUGGAAAUGCAGUGUUUGAAGGCUGGAAUGAAGAUCGUGAACCUUCCAGACCAUGUGGCAAGGCUGCUCACAGAGCAUAAGGCUAUUGAGGAGAAGGAAGCUUUCAGUGCCAUCAAAGAGGCGGUCAUCGAAAGGGAGUGCAACAAGCAACUCCGGCAGCGUAUUUUGCUGGCGCUGAUGCACUGGGCCGAUGGCUCUUUCACCAGACAGCGGAUGAAUGACCUCGCAAGCUUGCUGAAGGACACGAAAUGGAUCCACACUGUUGGUGGAUCGUGUCUUGCUAUCUCUGAAACCUUCGAUCCUGCUGCAAAGCUGCCAGAGCUUGAUGUGGUCCGACGAUGCACAGCAGAUCUGUCGGAGGCUCUGAAGCUUCAGUUCAAAUGUGAAGAAGUCACCGCUGUUUGGAAAGCUUUGCGGCAGUGUGGUUUGAAGCAACAGAUAACUUGGGAAGAUGCGAUGGCGGAGGCUCGCCACAUUGAGAGCACACACAACCAAAAACUCUCAAAGAUUUUGUUCGGUCACUUGGAGGCUGUACCGGCCAUGGCUGGAGACAAGUCACAUUGCUUAAAAAUCUUGCACCAGUUGGAGUGGGUGGUGGUCCACAUACCUCCAAGUACGGCAAACAAGAAGCCAACUGAAUCUGGAAGUACGUUGGCAUCACUGAGAAAUGUGUUCCCUGCCGGCGAGUCGAAGUUUGUGUGGGCCGUUGAGAGCACACUCAAUGAGGAUGGAGCUCUGCUGAAAGCCGGGAGAUCUGUCCAGAGAGAGCCCAAGGUUCUUGUUUCCCAACUGGAAGCACUUGCUCGAGCAGCGCCUGCGUAUUCAAAUUGUGCUAGGCCUCGGAAUCCUUUUUGGAGCAUGCUUGAGCCACCCCCCGUGCGUGAAGCUGGUCCAGAUGCAUUUCGUCACAUCAGGCUAGUGUUGGAGGAAUUGGCUCAGCGGCACAAGGACUCCGCUGAGCAGCUUCUUCAAAGACUUAGCAGUUUGGCAUAUGUGCCUUGCCAGGGAGCCAAAGCAGGAUCCGGAGCAUUGCUCUUCAGACCAAAAUAUGCUGCCCACACGUCAGCCCAAGGCCAUCAGAAACUGUUGCCGGCCUUUGGAGUCGUCCACCCGCUAGUUCAUCAGUUCGCAUGCGCGACAGGUGCACCAAAUCAUCCAGAUGCCGAAGCUUUGGUGGAUGCCAUCCCAUGCUGGGAUUCGGAACUGGCAGUUGCCCUUUGCUCAGAGCUGGCUGAGCAUCCAGGUGUGCAAGCAGGAUUUCCGGAGUACCUCAAAAGACUGAAGCUACCAACCAACAGCGGAAAGUUCUGCCCGCUUGAAACUGUCUACAUCAAUGAUGCACAGUGGAAAGGAGCUGGUGGCGUUCAAACCUUAGACGACCGCAUCUCGCAUGACCAUGGGCGGAAGUUGGGCUGCAAAUCUGUCCGGGAGAGGUUGAAGCAAGAGUGCGAGGAUGGGGCAGAAGAUGAAGAUGCUUUUGGACAAGAAGCUGACCUAGUUGACCAGGUGAAACUCAUUUUGCGAGACUACAGUGGCAAGAGUGAUGUGGUCGCUGAGUUUGUGCAGAACACCGAUGACUUCGGUGCAACGGAACUUACAUUUGAGCUAAGCAACCAGAAGUUUGACAAGGAACGGGUUGUGGAUUCACGUUGCACAGCCCUGCAAGGGCCUGCCCUUUACAUUUUGUCCAACAAAGAGCUGCAUGAAGAGGAUAUCAAAAACAUGCAAAGGGUUGGCAGAUCUGCGAAGGGCUUUGACUUUGCAAGCACUGGCCGAUUUGGGGUUGGCAUGAAUGUCAUGUACAGAUACAGCGAUUGCCCUCAACUUUUUGCCAAUGGCCGCUUGCAUUUCUUUGACUUGACAAGGGAGUUUGUGGCCAAACACAACGAGAAACGUGGCAAGCAGUUCAAGCAGGAAAAGUUGGAGGAGAUGUUUCCAGACAGUGUCCAACCAUUCCGAUCCUACACAGCUCAAUAUCCUGUGGUGUUCAGGCUGCCUCUGCGCACAAGACGAUCUGAACUUGGCGAAAAGGUGGACUUAGCUUCGGUGGAGAAUGACUUACGCGACGUCUCUGCCCAAGCAUUCUCAAUGUUGCUUUUUGCCAAGUGGCUCAAGAAGAUCCGCUUUCAAUGUCCGCAGGGCCCCCUAGCAGAGCACAGUGUACACAUUGACGACAAAGUGCAGGCCCGACAGCAUCAGGAGUUUUUUGCUUCUCUACCAGCUGAGCUCGGCCAAGUCGGAAAAAGCCAAGACAAAGACAUCUGCGUCACCAAGCGGAUCAGCAGCAAGUCUUUCAAGCCAUCGCCAACGACUUCCCAUCGCACGUGGGUUGUAGCUUACACGCUGGCCUUCUCACAGGGAACUUUGCGUAGGCUCUGCAUCGACCACUUCAACUCAGCUUUGGGCGGUGCCUUGUUGCCACUGGGAGCAGCCGCUGCACCUUUGGACAAUGAGAAGUCCGAGGGAAGGAUUUGCUGUGGCUUGCCAACUCCCUUGCGAAGUGGAAGCAGAUGUUGGAUAAGCGCGCACUUCAUUCUGCAAUCCUCCCGAAAGCAGCUAUUGCUGCCUGAAAACACCUCCGAAGAGAAGCAGCAGGAGCGACAGUGGAAUCUGCAGCUCAUUCAGUACCCAGCUGCAGUGAGCUUGAAAACAGUUCUGUUGAAAUGUCGAGUAUCGGUCCGUUCAAGGCAGGAUGUGGACACCUUCUUCCAGUUGAUUCCGUGUCAGCAAGCGCAGCCACUGGAAGCUGAGUUGGCAGUUUCCACCCUUUGGGCAGCUCGUGAGGAUGCCAUUUUCCCUGUGCUCUCCAGCAGAGAUUCUGAGGAGUUUAUGGUCGACUGGGUGCCUGGGCCAAGGCCAUUGCUGCGGACGGCAGAUCUUUCUGACAAGUUGCAAGAUCAGUUGGCUUUCGAUGGCCUCCAAGUGGCAUCUCUGCCAGGUGAUGCUUUCGAAGUGUAUCGGCAGGUGCUUGAAAUGCUUGAAAUGGAAGAGCCGCGGAAGUUGGACGCGACGGAGCUGUGUGACUUUUUGGCAGAGACUUGGGCAGGCCUGCGUCGUUCCGUUUUUGAGAUUGUGGCAUUGGAGAAUACCGGAAUGACUGUGCUGUCGGAUCCCAAAUCAGUGCUGAAACUGUUGCAGUUUGUCAUGCCCCGGAGCGAUCCUUUGGCAACGCAUCGGUGUGAACACCUGGAAGGGGUUCCAUUGUUGUUGACCCAUGGAAAUGACCUUUGCGGGUUUGGAGAGGAGAAUGUCCGGUUCAACACUGAUUACGCCCUUCUUCCAAACCAUCGAAGCCUUUUCAUACAUAGGGAUGCAUGGAAAGUCUUCACCGGCGCUUGUGGUAAUGUCAAGCCGAUUGGUGUUCGUCAGCUCGAAUUAGAUGAUUUACUACCGUACAGGAGCGAAGUAGAAACUUUGGCCUUAGUAGAGCCUGCCUUUGACAAGAGCAGCUACUUGCGUCACCUGUGGAACUUCAUGUCCAACAGAUCUCAGGGCUGCAAUCCAUUUCAUGUUAUGGAGUCAUGGCGCAUUCUUCCGGUUCGAAGCCAUGGUUCAGGCAACCGAGUUGUACCCCUGGACUUUGCAACCCAGACCGUUGCUCUUGCAGAGAACCAGCAGAAGAUUGAAAUGGCUUUGCUACAUGCUGGGCUUUUCUUGCUGCAAAGUGGGGUUUUGAGCUCACAGAAACCUUUCCUGAAAUCCAAGGUGGUGCAAAGCGACAGGGAUGUGAUCAUGUUGCUGGUUGCACAGAAAGAUCAUUUGGUGAACCUGACUGAGACAGAUAGACAUGACCUGCUGAGUCACUUCUCGUUGCUUGUCAUCUCAGAGUCAUCGCAGGUGCCUGCUCAUGACAUCAGGAAGUUGCCGCUUUUCAAACUUGCGAGUGGAGGCUUCACAGACCUUUGCCGGGAACAUGUUGUGCAUUGUUGCCUACAUCCAAACGACAAACAUGCGCACGCACUGGAACAAUUGAUGCCUUCGAAUGCAGUGCUGUUGUCCUACCCUACCAAGUCAACGAAGCCAAUCUAUGAGUUUUUGGGCAUCCAGCUGUGCAACGGUGAAGACUUCAUGGUGCAGUUCAUCAUCCCCGAGUUGCCCAAAGUCUGCGCAGACAGCACGAAGGCUGCGCCCUACCUGGACGAGUUGCGUGAGUUUGUCGUUGUCGAAAAAUCUCAGAAAGUCACUGAGGCCGCAAAGGCGACAGCGUUUGUCCCAAACGUCGAAGGACGUUUGAAAAUGGCCCAGUCUUUGAUCCAUCCAUCAAAAGGCCCCGUGGCUCAGCUGUUUGCAAACUGCUUGUCUGCGGACUUGCCAGCCGACUGGCUUCACGAACCUCGCUAUUUGGCUGUGCUUUCAAGGUUGGGAUUGAAGCUGUCUAUCCCGGCACCUUUGCUGCUCAAGUGCGCACAAGAGCUGCAUUCACACCGGACCAGCAUCAGCAUGACAGAGGAUUUGCGUGAGAAAUCCUUCCAUCUCGUUGAAACUUUGGCACAUCAGAUGGCCGCAAAUUUCUCCGAACCAUUGGUCAAAGCGGCACAGCUUCACAUCCUUGUGACGGCUUCACUGGCUUCCGAUGAAGAGCUAAGAAAGGAGAUCGAGAAGAGCUUGACACUCUCAGGGCCAAGGAAGUGGAAACAUGAUUCUUUGAGGCUUCGGCCCUUCGGAGGAACUGCUUUUGACCAAUGUGCCUCCUUGCUUUGGAUCACUUGUCCAGUCGCUCUCCAUGCGUAUACGGAUCAUAAGCCUGUGCAGUUGGAGCACCUUAUCGAGUACCAUGCCACUGAGAUGCGCUCUGUGCUGGGGGCUUAUGUAGCUCCAAAGGAUGCGCCAUUCCCUUCGCUCGCAAAACACAUGCUGAAACUUUGCUCGCUCCCUCAUCCUGACGAGGAAGAACUCCUCCUCCCAGCCUCUAAGAGCCGAUUCCAGGAAGAGCUGAAGGCUUGCCUUGAAGAGGCCAAAAGAAGGACAUGGACAGAUUCGGACUUGAAGCAACUCAGCCAAUUCUCCGAUGCUCACGCACGCUGCGUCAAGAUAGUACAGUCAGAUGCAGCGGAGAAGCCGGAGAACCCGACGAUUCUGGCAAGUCCCAGGAGGUGCUUCUUUUUCAAAGUCUCGGAGUCUGCGCUUGUUGCAGCCGACUUCCAGGGUCAUUUGCGCCAAGCAGACGACGAGUUCCGACAGUUAUACGAAAAGAUGGGUGUCAAAAACAGCCCAGAUGUGUAUGACUUGGCGAGAGUGACUCAGCGUGUGGCAGAGAAGAUUCAGCACAACGAGGAGCAUAUCAUGGCUGACGAUAAGGAAGUCCUGCAAAGUUGUGUCAAAGGCUUUCACUGUUGUGUCCAAAGUCUCGGAGACGAGUCUGACGAGUCAUUGGAACCCCUGAAGUUCUUCUUGCCAGACCAGGACAAGAAAAUGGAAGAGGUGUCUAAACUUGCUUGGCUGGACAUGGACUGCUGGAAAGAUCGACUUUGCCAUCCUGGGCCAUUGCGUUUCUGUAUGUUCCAAGGAAAAGAGGUAACGGAUGCCAUGCUGCAAUCAUUGUCUUGCGCCGGGCUUAAGCCGGUGUCAAGCCUUGUAGAAGAAAUAGCCGCAAGCGAAGUGGACGUUCUCGAUGUCCACCCCGAGAGCCUCCAGGAUACACUUCGGAAAUUCUUUUCUUCACCCUUGUUCUCGCAAGGGUUCCAGGCCAUGCUGCAAAGCGACGACAAGUAUGGAAACGACUGCGGGCCGAUGAGUCAGAAGAUGGUGGAAGAAAAACUCCAGCACUUAGUCAUCAAGUCCGUGCCGAGAGACUUUACGAGCCUACUGCGCUGGAUAGAUGGACAACAGGUCUUGGAGGGCAGCGAAAAGAACACAUGUGCAGUUCUUCAGUCUGAUCAGCUUCUGAUCAGUGAUGAUGCCUUCAAUUUUCCUGAUCGAGCUGUCAGCGACAUGUUUGCUGCAUUCUGCCAGAUGCCUGGGUUGGUAUGCUGUUUGAAACUGGUGGAACGACCUUUCAAAGAAGUGUUGAAGCUUGCAUUUAACAAGGGCCCCACAGGCAUUGCAGAUGUCCUACGAAGUUUCCAGAUCGACAACGAGUUGGACACAGACAUGUGCCUGGGCAUUGGCGACAGGCUUCCGAAGGAGCUGCAUAAAAACUUGAACUAUGCGAUGAAUGUCGCUUUUGAGGUUGGGGAGUACGUGAUUGCAGAGCAAAGCGGAGAGUUCACUGUGGCUCGGGUGGCCCCAUGGAACGAUGAACUUGAUGGGAAACCACGCGCGCAUGAUCAGCGAGGUUUAAUGCGACGCUACCGAGUUCAAGUCUCGAAGAAUGGCUAUGAAACUAUGUGCCAUCACUGUUUGUACAAGAUCUCUGGUGUCUCUCAGAACUCAGGUGCUUCGAGCUUCCAAUCGUAUUCAAUUUGCUUGGCGGCUGGUCCUGGCAAUGAUGCAGAAGUAGUGAGUCAGAAUCAUCGAGAGAUGCUGAACGAGGUGAAAGCUCAGCUCCGAGACAUGGCCAAAAUGGAGUCAGCCGACUACAAAAAGGCUCUGCACAGAUUGUUUUUGCGGUGGCAUCCCGACAAGUCUGGAAACACACCCUUCAACAAUCUGAUCUUCCGCAUGCUUAAAAAACAUGAAGUUUGGUUUCGCAACGGUGGUGGCGACGACCGGUGGCUGGAUGAAUUUGGGGUGGACGCUGAAGCUUUGCAGGAAGAUGCUGUAAAGACCACGGAAGAGUCCGAGCAGGGGUGGGAAGAACCGUGGGCAGAGCCAGAGCCCAAAGCCUACCGGGCCUACCGCCGGAAAUCAUCGCAGGCAUCCUGGUUCCAAGAGUUUGAAGAGGAGUGGAAGAGCCAGAAGCAGCCGCCGCAGAGGCAAGCCCCGACCAAGCACUCUCCGCCUGUGCGUGUUUGGAUCCAACCAGAGCCGCAAACUUGGACAUUGCCAAGGACUGUCAAUGAAAGCCAGGCUUCCAUUUGGCUGUCUCAAGCAGAGUAUGAUCUUCAAACAGCCUUGCACCUCAAGGAGGCUUCAGAUUCGGCAGGACGUCCAUUCUCCUCGCCAGCUGUGUUUCAUGCAUCGCAAGCUGUGGAGAAGGCCUUGAAAUCUGCGAUGCUGCGAACCUGUGGUCUGACGACAGAAGAGUUCACAGGUCAAGAGGGUCACGAUCUCGAGGCUUUGCACCUACGCCUCAAAGGAGCUGACCCUGAGACGGAACCACAGAAAUUGGCACAAGACCAGUUGCCUGGGACAACCCCGGACAUGGCAUGGCUGAAGAAAGCAUAUUUGGCCACUCGUUACCCAAAUGUCCUUGGUGCAGGUCAGAUCCCUGCACUUGCCUACUGUCCAUCUGAUGCUGAAAGAGCUUGCCAUCUCGCUCAACAAGUUGUUCCUUGGGCCAAAAACCUUGAAGAUUUGCCGCCUCGCGGCGAACCGAGGAGGAAACCCGCAAGGUUUUGGACAGACACCGAGGACACCGAGGAGAAAACUUCAAGGGUGGCUCCUGCUCCUCCUUCAGGGCCUGUCAUACAAGAACCGCCGCCAGCAUCGCUACCAGCAUCACUUCCGAAGCGACGGCUCCGACAACCGCAGAUGCCAAGACUGCUAAGGUCCUCAACUCCUCCACCUCUCGCUGCCAGGUCAGUGAAGAGGAUCAGGAGGCUGAGCAAUACGCGUAACGCUCAGCGUAACAAGCGCUUGAGGCUACAGAUGUUGGACCACAGCUGA